UGGUGGUCGUGGUGCUGGUGAUGGUGUUGGUGGUGCUGUUGGUGGAGGUUGUGGCGGUAGUGUUGGUGUUAGUGGUGGUGGUGGUGGAGGAGGUAAUUGUGUUGGUACUGGUGAGGUAUUUUUGUCAAAAAAAAAUAUAAAGGACGAUUUUAAUACGAAAAAAACGUUAAAGACGAUUAUAAAUUGAAAAUUAGAAAAGGGACGAAUUCGAUUUUAGCUGAAAACUUUAGGGACCAAAACUAUACUUAUCCCAUGAUUUUACAUUGAUUUUAAAGAUUUGUUAUUAUUGGGAUUUAAAUUUUUUUUUUUAGAUUUUAAAUAUGGAUUUAAUUUUGAUGCACUGUCAAUACAAAUACAAAACCGUUUUACACGUACAUCCAAUCAAAUAAUGUCGCAUUAACAAAAAUAAUUAUCUUUUACAUCGGUCAUGAUUACAUAACUAUAUAAAAUGUUGUACAGUACAUCAAAAUUAAAUUCUUUAAAUAUUUCUCAUAAUAAUUUAAAAUCAUAUUUCUUUUAAAAAAAUUCAAGAGACAAAAUAUUAGUUGAUUGCACUCCUUGUUUGUUCUGUAACGGGAUUGAAAUAAUAACAAAAAAAAAUUGGUAAAACCACACAAAAAAAAAGCGUCGCCCUUUUCUAAAAUUAAAUGAACAUAACUCAAAAGUUUUAUUCUUACAUAAACAAAAAUUCCCAAAAAAAUUAAAACAAGAUCCCAAAAAGAAAAAAAACAAUGUACUGUUUGUUUUCAUAUAACUAUUUAUUAAAAAGUAGACAUUAAAAUAAUUUAUUUUCUCAAAUAAAUCUUUUGUGAAUUUUAUUUUAACAAGAGAAUAUGAUAAAGAAUAUAUAUCAGAGAAUUUAGAAAAUUGAGAGAGAGAGAGAGCGGAGGAGGAGGAUAUCACAACGAGACUAAUAAGAAAAUUUGAAGAUGACAAAAAUGCAAUGUUUGUUGGCGCCUCUUUCUCUAUAUUGCUAGAUAAGAGAGAGAAAAACGGGGAGAUGACAGACUGGCAAUAGAGCGUUCAAGCAUUUUAAGACGAGAAGGAGAAGGUGCCAUCCGAAUUUGGAUCUUAAAAAAAGAGACACACUUCGGAUUUAGGCACCAUGAGUCUCUUCGGCCUUGGAAGCAGAAACCAAAAAACAUUUCGUCCAAAGAAGAGUGCUCCAUCCGGAAGUAAGGGUGCUCAACUUCAAAAACACAUCGAUGCUACAUUGGGUAGUGGGAACUUGAGGGAAGCUGUUAAGCUGCCUCCCGGUGAAGAUUUUAACGAAUGGCUAGCUGUAAACACCGUGGACUUCUUUAAUCAAGUGAAUAUUCUAUUUGGUACACUAACAGAGUUCUGCACGGCAAGCAACUGUCCAACAAUGAGUGCAGGACCAAAGUACGAGUAUAGAUGGGCUGAUGGUGUUACCAUCAAGAAACCAAUAGAGGUAUCUGCACCAAAAUAUGUCGAGUAUUUGAUGGAUUGGAUUGAAUCUCAACUUGAUGAUGAAACGAUUUUCCCUCAAAAGUUAGGGGCUCCUUUUCCACCCAAUUUCAAGGAGGUUGUCAAGACAAUUUUCAAAAGGUUGUUCCGUGUAUAUGCUCACAUCUAUCACUCACAUUUUCAGAAGAUUGUUAGUUUGAAGGAAGAAGCUCAUCUUAAUACUUGCUUCAAGCAUUUUGUCUUAUUUACUUGGGAAUUUCGCUUGAUUGACAAAGCAGAACUGGCACCUCUACAAGACCUCGUUGAUUCUAUUAUACAAUUUUAGUGUUGUUGGUUUCCUUUAAUUUCAUUCCCUUCACUUCAAUUUGGAGAGGUUAGACAUUAAAACAUUGGGUACAAAUUUUUUGAGCUAGUAUUGCACUUGUAGAAUACUUGGACUUGCUAAUAGGCAAAUCCUUGGGCACCCUCUGUAUUUGUCCCUCCAUUGUCGUGAUGAAAUUAUAUAAAUAAUUUGGUGAAUAAAUUAAAACUUUGUGCGAGAUGCAAAAUACUAGAUCCAUGAACUUACUCUAUUGUAUUUUGUAAAUGAACCAAACUUUGUUCACAAG